UUUAGUAAACGCGAAAACGACGUCGGAACACAAACACUAUCCAUUUACGAAAAGCUGAAGCAAAGAGGAUCAAAAACGAUGGAGGGUCCUCAGCCUAUAGUGAUGAUGAUUGAUGAAUACAAAGCUAAAUCGAAGCUCAGUGAGAGUUUAACCUCUACAGUUUGGUUAGCGAAGCACAAAACAACCGGAGAAGAAGCAGUGAUGAAGUGUUUCGAUCUCUCGAAGCUCAAUCGCAAUCUCCUUUAUGAUGAAGGAGCUGGUUUGGAAAUCAUUCAUGAUAAUCACAUCAUUCAUAGGGACUUAAAACCUGAGAACAUACUACUUGUUGGGUCUGGUGAUGAAUUGGUGUUGAAGAUUGCUGAUUUUAGUCUUUCAAGAAAACUAGUUCCAGGAAAGUAUCUUGAGACAGUUUGUGGUUCUCCGUUUUAUAUGGCUCCUGAAGUUCUUCAGUUUCAGAGUUACAAUGAAAAGGCGGAUAUGUGGAGUGUAGGAGCAAUCCUUUUCGAGCUGCUUCACGGGUAUCCACCAUUCCGCGGUACUAACAAUGUUCAGGUUCUAAGGAACAUCAAAUCUAGUACAUCUCUUCCCUUCUCUCGGCGUAUUCUUCAGCAAUCGCAUCCAGAUUGCAUCGACGUCUGUUCAAGGUUGCUUUCUGUUAACCCAGUUACACGUCUCUCUUUCAAUGACUUCUACAAGCACAAGUUCUUACGGAUGUGAUUGUCUAUCAGUCUACCCAACGAGGAGGGUAUUUGUAUAGAGUCUGUCAAGUGUCAACUUGUAUAGAGAUGGAACUCUUGGUGAUCUCCCUCUCCGUCUCUCGUCACUAGUAUAAGAAUUUCUGUAAAUAGUUUUGCAAGACUUCUUUUAUAUAAAGUCAAAUCCAAAACCCAAAUCAAACCCAAAGGGCCUUAAAUCCAAAAGCCUACUAAAUAUAAUAAACCCAAGACUCCUUAGCCGGAAAGAAUAAAAAAAAGAUGGCUCCGACAAAGAAAGGAAAGAAGAACAAUUCGGCCGGAUCAACGACGGCCAAAUCCACCGCC